CGUUUCAACAUUUGACAGGUCUAUAUUAGCUCAUAGAAAUUAUUGAAGCAUUUUAUUUACGCUCAACAAAGAAUUUUGUAGAAUUUUGGGAAUUUGUCAAAAAGAAUCUGCUUCAUAUAAUUUUUUUUUAUUGACUGGCAAAAAUGUCAGGCCAGGCACAGUAUAGUAUUCAAAGUACGGCCGGAGCCGUUCCUGUUCGCAAUGAAAAAGGUGAGGUUUCAAUGCAAAAGGUGAAAGUUCAACGCUAUAUUUCCGGAAAACGUCCUGAAUAUGCACAGUAUCGGUCGUCGGAUGAAGAAAGCGAGUCCGAAGAUUUUAUCGAUCGUAGAGCUCAAAGAAGCUUUGCAAAUCGAGGUGAUGACAGCUUCGAUUUUAUGCGUAAACGUGACCAUGAACCAUCAGUCAAUGAUGAUUCAUACAGAAGCGAUGAAGGAGCUGAUGAUCCUCGUUUAAGACGAUUAGCCCGUCGUGGUGGUUCCGAUUCCGAGAGAGAAGUCAACAACGACGAUGACGAGGAUGAGGAUGAUCUUGACCGAGAAAGGCGUUUGCGUCGAAUCAGAGAGCGUCGCAUUCAAGAGCCCGAAAUUCUAGAAUCCGAUAAAGAAGAAGCCCAAAGUGAGGCUGAAAUGUAUUCAGACAAUGGGGACAAAUCGCUGGAUAUUGAACGAAAACGUCGCAUUGAAUUGGACGAAAGUGGAUCCGAUUCCGAGUUGAGCGACACAGAGAUUGAAAAGCGACGUCAACGGCUGAAGAAUAAAAUGAUGCAACAACGAAAGGACGAAGAAGUUCUUGCAAAAGAAGAAGAGAAGCAGUCUGAGACUUCAGAGGCUGAUAGCUCGUCGUACGAAGAGGAGUCUGAAAGCGAAGAGGAACAUGAACCUAGAAUGAAGCCUCUAUUUGUUAGUAAGAAAGACCGUGCUACUAUCGCCGAAAAAGAAAAGGAAGCCCAGAAACAAAAACAAAUGGAAUACGAAGCAAAACGUAUGGCCAAAGAACGACGGCGGCAAACAUUACGUAUGGUUGAGGAGAGCGUUAAAAAAGAUUUAGAAAAAGCAAAGCCCGAUACUAAUGAAGCCAGCAUUGAUGACGUGUGCACAGACGAUGAAAACGAUGAAGUUGAAUAUGAAGCCUGGAAACUUCGAGAGUUGAAGCGUAUUAAGCGUGACCGUGAAGAAAAAGAACAAUUGGAAAGAGAGAGAACUGAAACCGAAAGAGUUCGUAAUCUUACAGAAGAAGAACGACGACAAGAAACUCGCCUCAAUCCACGCGAAGUUACUAACAAGGCAUCAAAGGGAAAAUACAAAUUCUUGCAGAAAUACUAUCAUCGUGGUGCGUUCUUCUUGGAUAAAGAUGAUGAAGUUUAUAAGAGAGACUUUGCACAAGCAACUUUGGAAGAUCACUUUGAUAAGACGAUUUUGCCAAAGGUGAUGCAAGUGAAAAACUUUGGCCGUUGUGGUCGUACCAAAUAUACGCACCUCGUUGACCAGGAUACUACAGACUUUAAUUCUGCUUGGUAUAGCGAUACCUCAAACAACAUCAAAUUCCAUAACGAAAAAGCGGGUGGCAUGAAACAAACGUUUGAAAAGCCAUCCGCAUCGAAGCGAAAGAAAUAAUUUUAGUCCUUAUCAAUUUUCUCUUUGUAAAUGCUAAUAAAACCAUCUCUGAUUUGACAAGUGAA